AUUCUGGACUGUUGCAUUUGAUACACGCUGUUCGACCGUAGGCGCAUCUGUGGUAUGACGACGUCUUGGCAACUGCGCUUAAGACCAGCUGCGCUCGAACAAAGAUGCGGCUUGGAUGAGCCUGUGUCCAGCAACGUGUCUUUGCACGAACGCCUGUUCGCACUGCACUGAGCCCCCCAGCCCCCCGCAUAUGCAUUGGCGCCCAUGACCUGCACCGACAUUCGAACAGCCAGCUUGCAGGAACUCGAGUCUGGCUAAGCUAUGCGACCAAGCAAUGCCCACGAUUGGCACACGACUCCGCACAUGGACGGCAUUCCUGCUCCUCUGCAGCCCGCCUGCAACCGCACUCGUCCAGGCGGCGAAUAGCAGCGUGACAUUCAACACGGGCGCUACUGCAGUUCCCAGCGUCACACAGCAUGGCGUUUCAAUUGCACCUUCACAGUCCACGCCGUUUACGCGCUCCUACGCCGAUACCGAUACGAUCUGCCUGUACCGUACUAUCAACUACAUAACCCAUACACUACCACAGCAAUGUUUGAGAACAAGCUGGUCGGCCCCGGUCGCUGCAGCUUCCACGAAUGGCACAGUACCCGCAGCAGACGCAACUUCGACCCCGCAUAUCUUGAUUCCGAGUACAAACGAAGGAGCAGUGGGUGAAGCGAAUAAAAGCGCAGAUACUCCUCCGUCUACACAUGCGUCUUCAGGAGAAGACGCGGGCUCUGGCGACAGCGCAACUCGCAGCGGUACUGCAAGCACCGAACCAGAUACUGAGCUGGAGACGGACUCGCCCUUUGACAACGCCAAUUUUCUUUCGUUUGACGAAUGGAAAAAGCGGAAUCUCGCCCAAGCCGGACAAUCACCCGAGAAUGUCGGACAAGGUCGAGCUGCUUCUACUGAGCAGGGGCCGAGAAGGCGCCCUGUCAACGUAAAUGCUCUGGACUCUCUCGGCGAGGAGGCAGAGAUUGACAUCGACUUCAGUGGCUUUGGUAAUCCAUCCGAAGGAAGCGAUAUUGGCAACGAGAUCGCUUCGAGGGCCUGGGGUGCUGACACGGUCAAGUCUACGAGAGAUGCAGACAAGGCUGGCUCGGGUUCCUGGGAACUCAGUAAAGAUGCUGGAAAGACGUGUAAGGAGCGUUUCAAUUACGCCUCCUUCGACUGCGCAGCAACUGUUCUUAAGACGAACAAGAAGGCAAAGGGCUCGUCAGCUGUGUUGUCAGAACACAAAGACAGCUACAUGCUGAACGAGUGCUCUGUCGACAACAAGUUCUUCAUAGUCGAGCUGUGCGACGAUAUCUUAGUCGAUACUGUUGUCCUCGCUAAUUACGAGUUCUUCUCGUCCUCGUUCCGCCACAUUCGUGUCAGCGUGUCCGACAAGUAUCCAGUCAAGAUGGAGAGAUGGCGCACAUUGGCCACCUUUGAGGCCCGCAACUCUCGCGAGAUCCAGCCUUUCCUCAUCACAGAGCCACAGAUCUGGGCCCGCUAUCUCCGUCUCGAAUUCUUAACGCACUACGGCAACGAAUUCUACUGUCCACUGAGCCUGUUGCGAGUCCACGGUACUACCAUGAUGGAGCAAUUCAGACGAGAGGAGGAGGAAGCUCGUGGCGGCGAAGAUGACGCUGAUUCGAUCGAAGAGGAAGAGGAUGUGGUCAAACCUGCCGAUGGUAGCGGGCCCAUACCAGCAGACCGAAUACCAAUCAUUCUGAGCAAACUAGAUGCAACGAAACCAACGGUGGCGGUCUCUGUUGAGAGCAAGUCGCAGACUGCCGUCUCUUCUAGUGAUCAGCCAACGUCCAAUCAGGCCGUAUCGCCGCCCGCGAGCUCCAGUGCUCCAUCGGCUUCAGGCCAGGCACCAGCACCCGCAAAUAUCAGUCGAUCGAUUGGAACAUCACCGAGCAAUGACUCUGUUAACCAUUCAUCAAUACGAGCACUUUCGCCAGUAGUCUCUGAAUCGGCUAGCUACCAAAACGAUAAAAGCACUGUGCAAGAGCAGAGGGCUAGUGGCACCGCUACCACUUCUCAGCACGCUCAGGUGCCGCUGUCGUCUCCGAGUCACACUGCAGGUAACGCCGCGUCCAGCUCUGAAGCAUCUAUGGCCCACAAGGUGUCAGCUCGCUCGCCUGGUCCGGAUACGCCGGCUUCGCCUCCAAACAACGCAAAUGCGAAGCCUGUACACGAAAACGCAGGAGCGAGUCCUCCCAGUCCAUCUCAGCCGCGCCCCUCUCCCACGCAGCCAAAUGCCGCCGCUCCGUCGACCCAAGAAUCUUUCUUCAAAUCGCUCCACAAACGCCUACAGUAUCUAGAGGCUAACAGCACUCUUUCUCUACAAUACAUCGAAGAACAGUCCCGCAUCCUAAGAGAUGCCUUUGUCAAGGUCGAGAAGAAGCAGUUGGCAAAAACUGAGAAAUUCCUUGGGUACAUGAACACAACAGUAAUAUCAGAGCUGAAACACUACCGUACCCUUUAUGAGCAGCUAUGGCAAAGUACCGUCAUUGAAUUGGAAGGCAUGAAAGAGCGACAAAGGUCGGAGAUGGGAGAGGUUGGCGCCAGACUCAGCAUGAUGGCUGAUGAGCUUGUAUGGCAGAAGCGAAUGGCCGUUGUCCAAUCGACACUUCUACUUCUAUGUUUGGGCCUCGUCCUCUUUGCUAGGUCAGGGACUAUGGGAGUUGCUACAGACAUGCCUAUAGUGCAGCAACUGGGGACCAAGUACUCCAGUUUCUUCGACUCCCCACCGCCUCAACGAGGAGCAGAAACUGGCGUAGAAAGGCGAAGGCGGACUUUCAAAAACAUGUGGCGCAGCGAUGCAUCGACUGGGCUGAGCGAUCGCAGCGGCCAUGAAGGACGAGAACUGAGUAAUGUUUCGGACAUGGACAGCGACGACGCAAGAAGUCCUGUCCAGAUCGAGUACAGUCCGCCAACUCCCGAUACCCCAGAUAAUCGGUUCAGGGGUGCCCCAGAAAUUAUAUACUCGUCACCAGAUGUUAAUGGCACCGCCGACGAGGAUAUAGACGGUGGCCUUGCAACACCAAGAAUGGUUCCCGACAUCGAUCCGGACGACCAAGCCAAGCGUAUACAGGUACUGGCAACACAGUCUGGACCUGCAACACCCAACGGUACCCGAGACAGUAGGCCGUCAUGGGAGGAAGUGGACCGAGCGAUUGACCAACUCAAAGCUGAGGAGCAGGAUCAAGUCGUACCACAGAAAGAAAUUCGUGUUAAAGGGAAGGCAAGGUCACCAUUGAGAAGAGCGCAAAGCAGCUACGACGGCGUUGUAGAUGAAAACUCGUUCUGCGAUAGCGGUAGUGAGUUGUUCGCCGGCAGUUAACAAACGCCAUGAUGCAGCACUUGAUUGCGUACGGCGUUGUGACAUUUGAAUAGUGUGUGAUGCAUUCACAGGGGAGCCGGUGUUGGGGCGAAUUGUUGUUUUGUCAACUUGUACAUACCCAUCCAGUCUAUUGCUUCUGCUGCUUCGUCGGAACCGCAACCUGUUGACAUUGGAAUUCAGUGUAUAUCUCCAUA